AUGUCUGCAUCGAAAAACGCCGAUUCCGUCGUGGCUGAGCACGCCGAGAUUCACAGCCGAGUGCCUCCCUCCGAGCCUCUCACGAGAAAGGGUCACGCGCCUGGUGUCUUGGUAGGAAACGACCGCGUUCCUGAUUUCGAGGCGGAAACAUACCCACCUGGCACCGCGCCCGCCAGCCAGACUUUCAGACCGAACCCCCAAGGCCAAAUACCUGCCGGUUCCGAAGACGGCUCCAACGGCGCGAAAGCGUCUUCCACCAUUGCCGGGGCCACCUCUGCCGAUGUGCACCAGGGCCUAGGUCACCCGGGCUCGGGCCAGACCUCCAAGGAGCUGCACGGCGGCCACCGUAAGAAGGAGGGUCACUUUGCCGCUCCGGCCAAUGGUAAUCUUAGUAUGGAGGAUUCAAUCGGGUCUCGCAAGCUAGACGUUGGCCGUGAGGGUCGUGGCAAGGCCUCGGAAAAUUAUCCGACCGCCGGAGAACGGGUUCCUGAAAGUGCUGAAACCGUCGCCGCUGAGAGGAAUUGA